AUGGCGGCCGUUUCGAACGGGGGAAGGUACUUUGUACGCUUUCGCUGGAAAGCGUUUUCUUCACGAGGGAAGAACCUUACGACAUCUACCCAAAGUUCUCCUCAAAGUUCUACCCAAUAUUGCACUAAUCUAGUCAGGUAAAAUUGUUUCCUCUUUGCCUCAAAUAUUCUUUAUGUAAUUUUAGAAGCUGCGCGAAUUAGUAGUGAAGAGAGAUUUUUGUCGCUCAUGCACUGACGCCUCUUGGGUGGCUGCGGGUGUUUGUUUCAACAGGAACCUCGACUAUGAAAAUUUUCUGUGUGUGCUGCUUCUACCUAAGGGUUCUAGGAGAUCUGUAUUUGCCGUGAGAGCUUUCAACAUUGAAGUGGCUCGGGUAAGAUUGUGUACGGCUAUUUUAAAUUUUAAAGCCUGUCAUUGCUAGUAUUGGAUAUUUUAUCUCCCAAGUUGCAAGAGAAGGGUGUAACUAUUGAUGUUGUUCAUCCAUUGAUUUGUACUCGAGUAUCACAAUCUGUAUGCAUAUGUCAUGAAGCUGAGAGUAUUAAACACAGGCUGUAGCAAAACCCAGGGGUGUUUUUCUUGCCAAAUUUUGAGAAGAAGGGGUUCGCCCUUCCCCACAAAUGGGUGCCAUUCGAUUCUCUGCGUUGUGUGAGGCAUCUUUGUACUUCUUGUUUGUAAAGAGUGGGUAUGAUAAUUUAUUAUGCAACUUCACUCAGUAGAGUGCAAAUAAUGCUUAAAACGAGUACAAAUAUCUCACGGUUGAUUUGUACUCUAGAAGACUGGUUUGACCGGUUUUAAUCUACAAAUGUAGCACAUGGCAGAAAAUGCAUGGUUUUUCUGAUGAAAAAACGGAAUAGGAGCCUAAGGAAGCGAAUGGUUUUGCCCCAUAGUGAGUUCGCCCCCAACUACUUCACACGUAAGAAAUCAAGUAAAAUACAUAGUAGCACAUUGUUAAUCAACCAUUUUGAUUUUAACAACCACAUGCACCUUGUACCAAAAGUUUCUUCAAUAUAAACCAUGAUCCGGCUAAAGUGUUCUGUUGUUGACAAACUUUGCCAACCUUUUGCGCAUGCGGUGUUGUUAGAGUUUAGUUUCAUGGUGAACUUAGAAAGUAGGGGGGCGAACUCACUGAUAUUCGAGCCAAAUUGUAAACUUAAAUAAAACUGAGUUUCUAGAGUAAAGUCACCUUUAGGAACCACAAUGAAGACCCCUGAUGAAGCCAGAAGCCAAAAGCUGUUAGGUCUAAAAUAAUGUUAAAAUUUUUUUUUAAAAUAAAAAGAACAUACAAACUUUAUAAACACAAAAUACAACAGAGAAGACAAAAACAGACCUAAAGUUGUGUGAAAGAGAUGGUGAUGGUGAAAAUCAGUGAAACAAACAACGUCCAUUAAAUGCAAUCCCCGCCGAGUAAUUGAACAGUCGUCCCCUAUAUUUCUUUUAAAAAUGUGAGGAAACUCUCCGUCAAAGAUGAGGUUUCAAGUCCUUUAUUCACGAGCAGCUCUAAAGUUUGAAACUCCUUGAAUUUGUGAGAGAGUAUUCGUCUUUCCAUUGCAAUUUGCUCUGCUCAGUUUUUCUACUUCCAGUCACUUUUUUACGUAACUGAAAGACCAUCAAAAGCCUCACAAUUAUUUGUCAUUCCAUCUCUGUUUUCUUAGCAAAGAAAGAUAGAACCUCAAAGUGCCGAUGAAAACUGGAAGAAAUUGAUUCACAGAGUAAACCAGUAUGACCAGAUUUCAUUUAUGACCAAUCAGCGCGUGAAAACUGGACUCAUGUUAGUCUGUCAUGCAUUCUCAUAAGGCAAGCCUAUUUUUAUACUUCUCGAGUUGAAUAAUAAAUCUCUCAUUGGACAGUUUAGUGUGUAGUAUAGUGAGAUAUUUUUACUCGUCUCUUGUAUUUUGACUCGCCCUACAGGCUCAUCAAAAUAUGUGACUUGUAAAAAUAUCCCACAAUACUACACACUAAACCGUCCAAUAACAUAAUACCAGCUCAAGCCAUCUUAAGCCCUGUGCAAACGGAUGCAACAUUGUUGGAUGUUGUGUGUUGUGUCUGUUUGCACACCCUGCUGCCAUGUUGUCAUGUGUUGUUGGGAGUUGUUGCACAAAGUUUGAAACCAGUCAAACUUUAAGCUACGUGCAAACAGAGGUAACAACUCCCAAUGAGUUGUUGUGUCCCUUUGCAGGUAGCUUUAAAGCACUUUUUAAGGUGUGUACUCUGACCCUUUGUAUUUUUAUUUGAACGCAAGGUUCAAGAUGCUGUAAGUGAUCCUAACAUAGGGAGAAUGAGGUUGCAGUUCUGGAGAGACUCACUGGAUAAUAUCUAUCAGGUUAAAUGAAAUGGCAUUUUAUUGAUAACAGUCAUAACGCAGGGGACUCUUUUAUCAAAUAGUGAUCUCCACUACAGCCUAAAGAAGUAGUUAAUUAAAUGAGUAGUGAUUUUGAAUCAAUUUUAAAGUAGUUCAUUGUUGUGAACCACAGAUGAUUAUAAUGAAAGUACAAUGAUAUGAUCCUCGCAGUUGAUUGAAUAGUAAGAAGUAGUAGAAGUAGAAUUACUAUAAUACUUUGGAAAAAAUACUAAUAAAACAAAUUGUUAGACCUAGUACAGUUAUUUUUUUUCACGUUCCAAGCUUUCUCUUUUUACUAGUGAGUUUUGUUCUUUAAGAAAACACCUUUAUCAAUUUAAGAAAGGAAAAUCCUUUCAUCAAGCAACUUGUGUUUUAACUUUAGAGUAUUACAAAAUAACUAAAUGCUAUAAAUUGUUCACUUUAGGGGAAUCCUCCUCAACAGCCAGUGGCACUGGAAUUAGCUGAGGUCAGCCUACUUUAUAAAGCAAACUACUUUUGUUAAUAUAGUCAAUAUUUUCCUUACCCAUUUAAGCCCCAACAUCCACAUAUAAAUUCUCCUGAGUUAUCUUCAUAUAUUUCAUUAAUAAAGGGUUUUCUUAGAUCAUUUUAUUAAUUGUCACAAUCUUUUCUUUUGAUGAUGUAUGGAUAUUAUUAGGAGAAAAUUGAUGUUAGUCUCUCUUGGUACUUGGAGUGAUUUUUCUUGGACUGUGAAACAUACCUACUAUUAACCCUUUAAGUCCCAAUGGUGACCAACAUAAAUUUUCUCCCAACAAUAUUCAUACCUUGUCAAGAGAUUAGGUUAUGAGAAUUUAUGAAAUGAUCACUAAAGAGAAAAUGCUUUGAUCUGCCAUCAAAUUCUAUCAACUAAUUCUUAAAGGAAAUGUGUGGAGAUCAGUUUGGAGAAUUUGUAUGUGGAUAUUGGGGCUAAAGGGUUAAUAGUACAAAAUAGCGAGAGGUAAACAAGAGAAGACAACAGAAUUAUUGCAUAAUAGUAUGUAGUUUUCUACUAUCUAUUUCAUGGUUCAAGUAAAAUCACUCUCUAAAUUGUUACCAUUUAUUUAUCUUCAUCCACUGGACAGACAUUUUAUUCAGUUGGCAGCAUCCUAUUUUAGCUUUGCUAUCUUAGAGCAGCCUGUGCUCCAUCAGUGCUCAGUAUAAACCCAUGGUAACUUGCUUUUGGCUUUGAGUGAAAAGGAAACUUAGUUUUUCACCAUUACUGAAACCUAUUAUAUGCUAAGCUAAAUUAAACCUUAAUUGGCUGCAUAGGCUUUUUUCAGUAUAUUAUAUAAUAAUAGAAACUAAUUCCUAUGAACCUCUCAAUAGUUAUUUUAAAUUCGUGACCUACUUUUUAAGAGUCUGAAUGCCCACUAUUUAAAUAAUAAGUGGUGUGAAUUCUUAUGGUCAACUCCAGAUAAUCUAUAAAAGCCAGAGCUGUCAUUUAAGGGCCGUAACCCUUAACACCUGUUACGGCUGAGCUCACUUGACCUUACAGGUGAUAAAAGUGGAAAGCUAAAGCUGGCUCUUUAAAUUUUUGUGAGAUGUUACGGAUGAAUCUUCAUUUGCUAUGGCUGCUUCAAAACUUAAUCACAGCCCUGAAAGCUAUAAAUAAUACAUGUAUAUAUAUUUCUACUUUAGACAACAAGUAAACAUAAACUGACGAAGAGGUGGUUCUCAAGAAUAAUAGAUGGAAGGGUAUGUUUUUACUUGAUAUUUUUAUUUAAAGAGGAAUAAUGCUGGUAUCUCAGAUGCUGCAGACCUUCCUGUGAUCACCUACAUUAUUCAUGUAGAUCAUCAUCGGUAGUUCUUCAGCAUCUGAGAGAUGUUUAUAGUCAUUGCCAGUGACAUUAACUUGCUGUUCUAGUGACAAUGCAGUGAAGUCCCAAGCCCGUAUUGCAGACAGUCUAAAUUCUGGACAAAGGGUCUUUCCUAGUAGAUGUUGGGUGAAAAGCGUGGCUGCAAAUGCAGUCUAUGAAUUCCCAGGCUGGAGAACUAUAUAAUUUUAUGUUAGGCCUUAUCUCAGGUUAAGACAGUAUUGGCAACUUUGCUGUGCUAGAAACAGAACUUGCAUAUACAGGCUUAGUCACGAUUAUGAUGAAGCGCCGGCAUUCUGCUUUAGAAAAUAGAAAACAAAAAAGUUAUAUGAAUCAUUUAAUUCAGUUUUGCAGUUAUAUUAUAUACUUGUAACUGUUAGAAGUGGUUAAUUUUAUAAAUUUAUAAACGUUAUUUAUUCACGUUUAAGCUUUAUUUAUUUAUUUAUUUUUAAUCAACCAUUCAAAUUUAUCACGGACUGCUGUUCCCCUGUAUCUCCGUCUGCCUUGACUAGCCCCUGCUAUUUGCGGGCGGAAAUGGACACCCCGCCAUGUAUCAAGGUGCAAAGAAAGUCAGUUUUACAGCUUUCCAUUUGGGCAAGCUGUAGCUAGCAUGUACUAAAAAUUCAUUUCAACUAGCCCCAAAAACUUUUUGAUGAGCAGGAUUGAUUAUACAGUUCUUAUGUAAUUUGACUUUCUCAAAACUUCACUGGCCCAUCGGGCAAGGUAAGAACAGAAUUCACAAGCCCGAUAGCAAAAUCCACUUAGUCCCAGGCUAUUGGACACUACUUUCUUUGCAUGCUGUGUAUGCCAACUGUUCAAAUUAUGUUAAUAAAGUGUGCAGUCACGUUUCUUUUACUCUUCUUGUGACUUCCUAUGUUUAUCAUAGUUUCUGCGUUGUCCCCAUGGAAGCAGGUCUAGCUCUUUUAUGUCACUUGUUUACCUUAUAAGUAUGUUUGCAUUUCACACUGAUAUACGACUUAAGCUUGCUGCCAGUUAACAUCUAAGUAAAAGUUUGUCGUCUUUCAACAGGAAAAAAGCAUUGACAACAGACCAUAUGAUACAACAGAUAGCUUGGAGGAACAUGGAGAAAACACAGUGUCUUCUGUACUGUAUCUUAUAUUAGAAUGUCUUGGUAUGUGUAAUUUUAAGUUUUUUUUAAAUGACGUUGCAGAUUUUUGCAAUGUAUUAAACUGUAGUUUCUAGCACUUAUUGAAAUAUAAUGUCCAUCUCCAAGCUGUGCAGUUUUCUAUCGUGCUUGUCCUGUAGUAUUAAAAUAAUUUAUUAAUAACUGACAAUACUGGCUCCAAAAAGUUGUUCUCGAUUUUUGUAGUGCACCAGUACCAGCUGCUCGAUAAUCAUAUCAUAAUAUCAGUUUGGCUCACCACCAUUUAUAGUAAUCAUGUUUGCUGAUAAUCUUUUUAUGUCAAACCCUUUUAAUAUAUAACAAAAACCUGAGAUCAGGCCAAAUCUUAGCAGUUCUCAUACAUUCCCUAUGUGUUGUUUCACCUUGCUUGCCGGAAUGUUAUUUACAAAAGCGAAAUGAAAAUAGACCCUAAUCUGAGGGUAAUAAAACAAGUAAGUAUGGGUGUAGGCCUUAAAAUCGACCAAGUGUAGGUAAUACAUCGGUGAUCUGUUGGUGAUCCAUCAGCAAAGCAACAGCCGACUAUCAACCGAUAGACUGUAGUGGUCAAGUACCAGUCAAGACACGGCCGACUCUUGACCAACAGUCGGCUGAUACUAGACUGCCACUCGACUGAUGUAACAACCGACAAUUGACCGAGGUAUCAGCUGUUACGUCGGCCAAGUAGGGACCUUACGAUCCGACAACAGCGACGUCCAUGAAAACUUCACUGCAAAAUAGAUUCCGCAUCCUUUCAAACCAUUUCACGAUUAUCCUAAGUCGCCUAGCUACUUAAAAGAAGGGAAUUUGUGUUGCAGCUGAAAAAAGGGGUUCUGCGCCCAGGGUGCAAAGAAUGUCAGUUUUGCAGCUUGCCAUUCGGGCAAGCUGUAGUUAGCCUGUACUAGCCCAAAAGUCAUUUUAACUAGCCCGAUGGUGAGCAAGGUUGAUAACACUUCUUUUGUGAUUAGAAUUCCUUAAAAAAUUGCAUGGCAAGUUAAGAACAGAAUUCACUAGCCCGCUAGUAAAAUCCACUAGCCCCAGGCUAUCAGACACGACUUUCUUUGGCGCUGGCACCCAAUUCAAGAAAGAGAUAGUAGAAUUUAUUGCCUUGCAAUUCUCAUCCUCCGAAAAACUUAAAAUUUGGUCAUGCAGGAACGGCAAAGAAAUGUACCAAAGGGUGUGAUGUACAUGCAGAGUUGUUGUUUUGCUAACUAAACCUAUUGCUUUUUGAUGUUGCUGUCGCUGUUGUAGUUUCGUAAGGUCCCUACUGUCGGUGAUAUGUCGGCAAUCUAUCAGUGAUCCGCUGGCAAAGUAUUGGCCGACUAUCACCUGACUACCAAGCGAUAGACUGUAGUGGCCGAGGGCUUCCAACAUAUUGCUUGAGACUUGACCAGCUCUUGACUGACAUAGCGACCGAUAUGUUGAUUGACAGUCAACCGAGAUAUUGGUCAAUACAUCAAUCGACACUGCCCAAAAGAUGCAUGAUCCUCUUCAAUUACCCACUGGCUAGCAUGUUCAUGGAAUGUCUACCAACCCAGUGGCUAGCAUGGUGGUGUCUCUACCAACCCACUGGCUAGCAUGUUCAUGGAAUGUCUACCAUUUCGUGUCUCUACCAACCCAGGGCUAGCAUGUUCAUGGAGUGUCUAACAGUCAAGCUUGUUGGUAUGGUUGAGUGUCUACCAUCGUCAGUGAAAUGUUUAUGAACCCACUGGCUAGCAUGUUCAUAGAUAGUGCCUACCAACACGUUCGCAUGUUGGCGGUCGUCUCUGACUAGUAUGUUCCUUGGGUAUUUACUUACUCCCUCCUUUGGUAGUGUGUCUAUCCACCCAGUGACUAACGUGUUUGUGGAGUCUCUAGCAACCCACUGGCGAGCAUUUUGUUGGCGUAUCUACCAACCCUCUGGCUAUCACAAGCAAGUCAAUUACCAUGGAUUAAUACAGAACAUUUUCAGAACUGUUACUUUAAUAGAAUAAGGUUUAAAUACAACUUAGUAAUUUAAAAAUAUAGAUAUCCAAGGUUUUAUCAGGUUUUAUACCAUGGUAAUUGUAAAUAAUCUGUGCGAUUUAUGAUUUGUAUACUUCACUCUCUGUAACGUUUUUUUUUUUUUUAACAGGCAAAAUAAAGACAUUUAUUUUAUUUAUUAUUAUUAUCAUGUUCAUUGAGUGUCUGGCAACAGACUGGGAAGUAUGUUGGUAGAGUGUCUAGAAACCCAGGGGUUAGCCUGUUCAUCAGGUGUCUACCAUCCUAUGUGCAGGCAUGUUGGUGAAGUGUCUACGAACCCAGCUGGCUAGCAUGUUGGUUGAGUGUCUACUAACCCACGGGCUAGCAUGUUGGUGGUGUAUCUACCAACCCACUUUUAUAUUUUUCAAUGAACAAUUUUCAAUAUGCCAAUUUAGUAUGCCCCACUUGAUCAUCAUUUUCUUGGCUACAUUAGCUAAUUUUUCUUCCAUUUCUGCAUUAUGGACUCUUUGCCAUUAUCAGUAACAACUGUAAGCUAAGGAUCUACCUCAUUACCUCCAAACAAAAGGUUUACUUUAUCAAAUUUUUGUUUUUAGUAAUAUGACACUUCUUUUUACUUUGUUUGAAUGGGCACGUCCAUGUAGGGGUAAAAGAUGUACAGGCUGACCAUGCUGCAAGCCAUCUUGGAAAAGCAAUAGGAGUUGUAACGUUAUUGAGGGCCACUCCUUUCCAUGGCAGCAGAGGGAAAGUGUACAUUCCUAGCGAUGUAAUGAUAAAGGUAACAAUGUUAUGUAUCUAUUUACUACCUGCUUGGGCCAAUCAGUCUGACAAGCGCCAGAUCACUGUUCAACACAAAAACUGGGUUUUGCAAUCAAAUUAAGUCAGAUCACUGACAAGACAGAAGCUAUGGUAGUUAAAUACAUCCACUUCUUGGUGCCAGUGGGUUUUAAAGUUGAAAUGCAAAACUAGCUUCUUCAGUCUAUACUUCGCAAUAAUGAUAGCUUGUUCCAGGCUCCGAGAUAGUGGUGGAAAGUCGUCGUUCAGUAAAAAGAAAUGUGAAAAACACGCCGGGGCUGGGGAGAGACAGUUUUCUCGCCGCCACCGCCCCCUUUCCCAAGUCGCACGCCUCUUAUUUUUGCUUUGCUCGUUCUAAUAUGUCUGCACUAUACUAUCUGAGAGCCUGGCACAGGCUAAAUAAUGAAGGCUGUACAUUGAGUGUCUUGUUUGAAAGGGUGUAGAAUGUCUAGGCCACUAGGUACCUCCUGCACCAACUUCAAAGAUUACAGCCCACAACAGACUAUCGACAGAGCUGCAUUGAAACCAUUUACUCCUUUUUGUCUUAUCAAAAAGUGCAGGGUAACAGUGAAGCAAGGUAAUACCAAUUACCGUAAAAUUCCGAAAAUAAGCCCCUCCAUGUAUAAGCCCCUCCAAAUUUAAGCCCCCUAAACUCGUAACAUCAAAAACCUUCUGUGAAAUCGCCCCUCCGAAUAUAAGCCCCCCGGGGGCUUGUGCCUGGAAAUUGCCCUCAAAUACAAAGUAAAGCAAAGAAAAAACAGUAAAUUUCCUUCCGACUAUAAGCUAGCCCAAUCAAUUUUUAAAUGCAAAUUUCCCUCCAUACAUAAGCCCCUCCAAUAAUAAACCCCUCAAAAAGGGCCUUUGAAAAAUAUAAGCCCCGGGGCUUAUUUUCGGAAUUUUAUGGUAUUUUAAAUUAUUAUACAAUUUCAAAAAAGGAUUUUUAAAAAUUAUUUUAAUAAUUUAAUUUACUUAUAGCAUGGUGUUUCUCAAGAAGACAUCAUCAGAGGAAGAACAACUCAAGCAGUCAAAGAUGUCACUUAUGAUCUGGCCAGUUUAGCACACUCUCAUCUUUCAACAGUAUGUACUUUUUAUUUAUUAGUUGAACAAAAGAUAAGCUUCCUUUGCAGAGGUCAAUUUUAUGACAAACAUAAAAAGUUUCCAAACUUAAGGCCACUAGGCGUGGAUUUCACAAAAUGUCUGAAUUGUCAAUUGAUAAGAUGAUCAAGGAGAUUUAAACAAUUAUUAAGUUAGCCUUUAUUCAUUAGAAUCAGUUCUCCCAUAUUACAUGAGAGGUGUUAGUUCAAUCAUAUUAAUUGCCAGAACAAAUUUUAAAUGAGUUGGGUGACUAUGUUUAAACCAGGUUUAUAAAUUUGUAAGCUGUAUGUACUAUUUGGUUUUUGGUUUAUGUUUUGCAUCACAGGCAAAGUCAUUGAUGUCAAAGGCCCCAAAAGUGGCAUCUAGAGUAUUUCUACCCAUGGUAAGAUGAUAUCAGUUUGGUUUGUGUCUGGUCAGAAUAGCUCAUGAUUUGGUGUAGAUUUGAGUACUUAAGUAUGGCUAAGAUGAGAUGUGUGUAAAAGAAUAUAACAUACAUUGCAUUAAUGACACUGGUUAAUUAUGUUCCACAAGUUAGUUUUGACACCUCCAGAUAACUGUGUGGAUUCAGAAUAUAAAAUAGUUAACAAUAAUUACUGUUCACUGCACAAGUUAACCUCUCAUGUGCCCUUAGUGGCAUUCAAGUGUGCCAUUUACCUUGCAUUUGAGUGUUGCCUUGCCCUGAAGGCUUGCUGGUAAAUUUAGCAAGGUUGUUAUAAUAUGGUUGUAAGUAACUGUGAUUACACUCAAGUACAAAUAAUUUUGUGGCCAAAAUUCACCUGAUUGUUGGGUAUGCGACUUCAGAUUAGCAGGCCCAAGUUCAAUAAAUCAUAAGCUGGACCAGCACUUACGGUCUUGAAAUAACUGAGAGGGUACUGCCUUUAUUUCGCACCUCAAAUGGCUUGGCCUUCUGGUCUGCAAGGAUAAGUAUGACAUCGACAGGUUUUGUACGUCUUACUUUAUUCUUCUGUGGGUUGUAAUAGAACCAUCAGGAGCAAAACAUCUCUGGCAGUCAGACAACUCCUAGCAUGCUUUUUUUAAUCAUUGAUGGGUAACCUGAUAAAAAGUUCUUGGUCCUCCUUCAGGAGCCAUAUUUGAUUCAUGUAAACAGUUCAUGAGUACAAGUAUGAGUUGACUCCCCAUACUUAAAAAGUGGUGCAGAGGGGAAACAAUUUCUCAGAUGCCGUUGAGUCCACUGUUUGCCUUAAUGAGUUAAAGCUCUAGGCCAAAGUAUCAUACCAGCUACAUCACUGAAGUCCCUCUUUGCUGAUUUCUAGGUUUCCUGCCAGGCAUAUCUGACCAAGAUCCAACAAGCAGACUUUAACAUGUUUCAUUCCACUUUAAGGGAGAGAAACCAUUUGUUACCUUUGCAAUUGCUAAAGCAUGCAUGGACAGGUCUUUGA